AUGAGUUCUAUUGUGAGUGUUAUGGAGAUUUUGGUGGAAGAGGGCGACACCGACGAAGAACUCGAAAAAAUGAUUGGAAGGUGUAGACACUCGGCUAUGGUCGGAGAAGAACGUGACGAUGAGACUGGAGAAAAUGCUUCCGAAAAGGAUGGAGAGCAAGGAGAAAAAGAGAUGGCAGAAAAUGUUGCCUAUGGAGACGAAAACGUAGAGCAGGAUGAAGAUGAGGUUUUCGCCAAAGGUGGAGAAGAAGAACGUGGGAAAGCCACCACAGAGAAUGCUUUUGCCAAGGAUGGUGGAGAAGGCAAAAAAGGUAAUGGAGAUGAAAUACUUGCUAAGGAUGGAGAGGAAGUCAAAGAGGAGGCUGGAGAUAAAGUUCCUACCGAGGAUGGAAAUGAUGACGAAAAAGCGAUUGUAGAGAAUGUCGCUAAGGAUGGAGGAGACGGAGAGGGGAAUGGAGAUGAAGUUCUUGCUAAGGUUGGAGGAGAUGGUGAAAAAAUGACCGCAGAAAAUGUCGUUAAGGAUGGUGAAGAAGGCGAAGAAGAGAUCACCGAAUAUGCUCCCAUCAAGGGUGGAAAGGAAGGCGAAAAAGGGAUGGGUGAUUGUAUUUUUGUUAAGGAUGAAAAAGAAGCUGAGGGAAUGAACGGAAAGCAUAUUUUCGAAGAGGAUGAAGAAGACGAAGAAAAUAUGAUGGGAGAUUAUGUUCUCGGUAAGGAUAUGCUUAGAGAAUGUUGA